AUUACUUCGUAUUUUCGACAACAUGGCGUCGAUUUGUUGUUGUUAGAAAAAGUUCCAUGUAAAAAAUAACACAUAAAGGGUAUAAGAUACUCAAAGUUGUCUACAAAUAGACAUUUUUAGAGUUAUAUUGAUUUAUAGAUAUGGGUGAUAAUGAAGACACUAAAAUCACAGAGAAAAUACAUUUAACUUCUGCUUUCAGCAAUUUGAAAGUGAGGCAGGACCAUAGCAAUUUCCCUGCAGGAUGUGAUCAGCACCUGAAAUUACCCGGAGGAAGUGACAGAAAUGAACUAGAUGCAUUGUGGACAUCUGGAAUUGAUCCUAAUUCAUCACAGGAAGAGAAGGGUGCUGUAGUUAUAAGUUCUAUCAAACAUCAGAAGAAAGUGUCGAAAAGGAUGGAGCCUUACCCACAAGAGGUCAUAUUUUCUAUGCAGAAAAUAUCUCUGGAUCAUGAAAAGUGUGAUAAUAAGCAGUGUAUGUGUUCAAAGCAGGAGUCUCUGUCAGAGACAGAGAAAAAAUUCAAUUAUGCCAAAGUUGCCAACUUUUCACCUUCUCCUCGAAAAUACAUAAGGGAUGCUCGACUGAAAGUUCACCAUUCAGAAAAAGACAGGAAACAUGUAAUAAGGGCGGCUCGAUUGAAGUUAAUUAAACAAGGAAAGCAGGGUGACAAAAUUCCGUUGCAAAUGGAGAGAUCUAAACUACCAGUGGCAGGGUCUUCUAAUUCCCAAGCAGAUAGUACAUUUUUGUUUGGAUCAGGGUGUAAAAGUAACCUAGAAAAUUUCUCCUCUCUCAGUCAGGCCUCAAGGGAGACAACCAGGGAUUUGGAGUACACCAGUCUUCACAAAAAGUUGAAAUCUUCCAGCCAUAAACAUCAUUUUAGGUCCAAAACUGAUCCCUUUGAUUUUUCCAGUGCGAACAGUGCUUUGAGCUCGGACAACUUAAAGAGCAAGAAUUCAGACCCGUAUUUAGAGAGAAGUUGUUCUCAGGAGGCAAGAUUAGAUGAUAUGACAGUCAACGAACUGGCUUGUUAUUUUGAUGAUUUUGUGUAUAUUCCCAAGAAAAUGUCCAGUAUGGCUGAAAUGAUGUAUAUUUAGGGUGCCAAAUGAAAGAACAGUAAGCAAAGGGUAUUGCAUUGUACUGGUGUUUUACACUAGUAUGAUUAGCCUCAGAAAUCUGAAGGAUUUUACCAUAUUGAGUGAAAUGAAAUUCAUUUUUUUUAAUUGUUUGAUGAAAAUUUAUAGAUACACUAAAGGAUGCCUAAACCUUUUCUAUUCCUUUUAUUUUUAAAAAGGAUUUUUGUUGUUUUUUUCCGACUUGCUUUUCAUUUUGGUGGUUGUAGUUUUGAUUUCUUUAAAAAAGAGGAAAGAACUUAUGGUAAGUUGUAGAACUGCAGGUGAUUUUAGAUCUUUAUUUGAAUAGAAAAGGAGUUGUUUUUUUUUUACAAUUCUCUAAUGACAAAUAAUUAUCUACUCAUUAUCUUGAAAUUUGAGGAUUUUAUUCACAAAUGAGUUGUAAAAGUUUUUCGCCCUUCCAAAUAUUUGUGUACAAAAAACAAGAAAGCGAAAUGAAUUUUGCCCAUACACUAAACAUUACCUGUAAUUUUGGGUUGUUUUUUUUUGUUUUGUUAAAUUAAUGCUCUAAAAGUUAAAAAAUUUCCUUAGUAUUGAUGCAUUUGAAAUACAUUGAAAAAUUACAAAAAUCGUGGAUAUAAAUACCUUAAGAAUUUGAUAUAUUUAAAAGCAUUUCCAGUAAAAUCAUUUUUGAAUCUUUUUGUAUGUUGGUACAAAGUAAUGUGGUACAUUACUCUUCACAAUUUUGUAUAUGUGUGUACUGUUUAAAUAAACUGCAUCCAAAAUGUU